ACUUCUAGUAAAACUCAGUCUUCGCUUCCUCGCCUACCUGAUCGAUCACCCAGCCCUUAGAUCUAGACCGGGCCCUGAGUUAGUGUGUACAAACAAAGUACCACAAAGAGUCAAGAUUUCCUCGGGGAUCUUACACACUCUGAGUCAGUUGCAUCCGACUACACGCAGACCGUAAAGGUUCCUACUUCGAGAUGCCAAAAGUAACGUUGCCACAGCUACCUGUGUCUGGGCUUUUCGCCGUCAUGAAACCUUCCGGACCGACAUCGAUGUCUGUCAUCAACGAUCUCAAACAAUUGGUUGGCAACUCGCGUUUGUUUGUGGAUGCAGACAAAUUGGAAACGCGCGGUAAAGGUAAAAUCCCCACUAGAGGGAAACGGGCACGAGGGAUAGUGAAGAUAGGACAAGGAGGGACGCUCGAUCCUCUUGCUGAUGGCGUUCUGGUCGUAGGUAUUGGAAAAGGGACUAGACAUCUUAACGAGUUCUUGGAUUGUGUAAAGGAAUACCGCACGACGGCGCUUUUGGGAUGCGAAACUGAUACCUACGAUAGUGAAGGUAGCCGAGUGCGUGUUGCACCCUGGAGACAUGUCACUCGAGAAGCCGUAGAAUCCGCAUUGAGCAACUUCAGAGGGGAAAUACACCAAGCGCCCCCAAUUUUCUCCGCGCUCAAGAUGGAAGGUAGACCGCUGUAUGACUAUGCUCGGAAAGGCAUACCCCUGCCUCGACCUAUCGAAAAGAGGAAAGUCACGAUACACUCCUUAGACAUUCUCGAAUGGAAAGGAAGUGACCACCAAUUCCGUUGGCCAGAAAAGGAAUUCACUUCUGAUGAAAAAAAAGCAAUGGAAAAGGCCUUAGAAGGAGUCGAAGAAAACUCUAUUAUCAAAGAUGAACUAGAGCCUGCGGUGGGUGACGAGUCUCCGACGGCAUUCGUACUCAGUAUGAAGGUUUCCGGUGGGACAUACGUACGCUCAAUCGUGCAUGAUCUGGGUCAUGCGGUCGGAUCAGCUGCUCACGUUGUAACUUUAACUCGUUCUCGACAAGGCCGUUUUGCGCUCGAACCAGCCACCGAUUCCGAAGACAAAGGAUGUGUUCCUUGGGACGUAUUUUCGCGGGCUUCUGAAUCCGAGGGCGAUGUAUGCGAAGACGGCUGGACACAAUGGGAGCGGGAAGUCAUCGAUCACCUGGAAAUCGUUGAAGGUCCGAAGCCCCAAAAAACUUCUUGACAUUACAGUACGCCCUUUUGCUGUCUCCAUGUCAUUCUCUGUAUUACUAUUAGGUCUGUUUGAUUGGGCGGUUUAUUGACUGCAAAUUUCAACGUCAAAUCUGGGCAGACAGCUUAUCGUACAUUUAUAGCUCUAUGCGCUUGACGAUGGCCUAGUCUCCCCUAGCCAGACUAAUCGAAGGGAGAUAGUUGUUCCUUUGUGAUCAGACGAAG